GCCAAGCGUAUAAAGAGACAAGAGCUGUUUGCCAGGGAAGGCCUGACAUGGCAGAAGAUUGUCCAUUUUUGUUCUGAGCAUCAGGAUAAAGCUAAGCAGCAAGCUGCCAGUGAGGAACUGAAGACCCUUAUUCAGGCAGCCAAAGAGAUUGUUGGUACUGAACAUGGUCAAGAGGCCAUAGAAUGUGCUGCUGUCUUUCUGUUUGAGACCUUCCAAAACAAAGACCAUGUUGGAACAGAGGAGACCCGUGCCAUUAAGCAAAUGUUUGGGCCAUUUCCAUCGUCUGCAGCUGAAGCUUCCUGUGCUUGCGUGGCUCGGCUGGUUGCCCCACUUGAUGACGCCAAAGUUGAAGAUUUCAUCAAAACCCAGCGUUCCCGUUACCACUACCAGCGAGGCUCUAUCUUUGGACGCAACGUUAAUUUCUCUUAUGACUUAUAUAAGCUUGACCCACUGGAAGACCUCCAAGGUUCUGAUCUUGAUGAUGAGAGAGUGGAUGUAGACUUUGUCAACUUUCUCAAUAAUCAGCAAAGUGGAUAUAAGUCUGCCAGUGAAGAUGAUGUGCCCCGCAGUGGAACAACUUUAAGCUCUGGAGAUGGAUCCAUCCUUCGAAGAGAAGUGGAAAAAUACCUGGAAGGAGGAAAUAUGAUUUCAUCUAACCCAGAGGAGCUGUGCGCCUCCUUGUUUGAGAUGCUAACCUCCCACAGGAGUGAUGAUGAGCUGCAGAAUGAGCUGUUUGAACUGCUGGGACCAGAGGGCCUAGAGAUGAUAUCCACCCUCCUGCAGAGCAGAACAGCUAUUGUUGACUCCUUCCUUUCCCUCCCAAAUGAAAAGACAGGAUAUCUACCAGGUGAGACAUGCCGAAAGGUCAGUGGUGAAAUGACGAAGCCUGCCUACGGUUGCCAGGUGAUCAUUCAGUCAGAGAAGGAGAAACAAAUGAUGAAAAUCUACCGGCGAGAAGAAAAGAAAGAGAAAAAGAGAGCCAAAGGAAAUGAUGAUGGUGACUUCUCAGAGGCUGUCUUGGCCUUUGACCCAAAAGAGAUGAGAGCUCAGCGAGAGCAUGCCCUGCUGAAUGCACGUUAUGAACCUCUCCUAACCAGGGAAAGAGUUUAUGAAAGAAUCCGUUAUCCAAAUGUAUAUGACAGCUAUGCUGAAGCAACAAAAGCACCUGCAUUUGUUGGAGGAGCCAGGCUGCUGUUGCCCGAGGGUAUCCACAGAGAAAACAACAAGAUAUAUGAAGAGGUGGAGAUCCCAUACAAUGAACCCAUGCCUGUUGGCUUUGAGGAGAGACCAGUCUACAUCUCUGAGCUGGAUGAGGUCGGACAGUUGGUGUUCAAGGGAAUGAAGAGUCUGAACAGGAUCCAGUCUCUAGUAUUUGAGACAGCCUACAACACCAAUGAAAACCUUUUGAUCUGCGCUCCGACUGGUGCUGGCAAGACCAACAUCGCCAUGCUGACAGUCCUGCAUGAGAUCCGUCAGCACCUACAGCCUGGUGGCGUUAUCAAAAAGGAUGAAUUUAAGAUAGUAUAUGUGGCUCCAAUGAAGGCCUUGGCAGCUGAGAUGACUAAUUACUUCAGUAAGCGAUUGGAACCCCUGGGCAUCAUUGUUAAAGAACUCACUGGAGACAUGCAGUUAACCAAAGGAGAGAUCCUUCGAACACAGGUAAAUACACUGUCAUAGACCCACAUAGGUUCAGACCAUCUGUUUGACUUUUUCCUUGGCUGUUAUUUAAAAAAAACCACUACACAGAAUAACCAGAAAGAAAAGCCUGCUUCAUGAAAGCAUGGGCAGCUGAAGUUGCUCUGAAAGCUUGGACACUUUAACACUAUAUGACUUAUCAGGUCUAGGAUGAAUUUAUGAUUGCUUCUUCGGUAAAAAUGUAAAAAUAUUAAAAAGGCAUCUUAAAAUUGUAAAAUGUCAGUGACAAUGUUUGAAUUAUGCAUUAAUUAAACAAAUUUCUUAUUUCAUUCACAUAGUUGAUUUUUUUAGAAGUCAAAUGCUAGUUAAAUGCAGAUAUGUUUAUUUUAAGCUUAGCUCUGUGUUGCACCAACUGGAUAUCUGGUGGUGUGACCCCUUUACAGGAUGUGAUGUAAUGAACAAUAUCCAAUCUGCUACCAACUUAAGCAAUCUGUUUUUCUUCAUUAUGGCCAUUUGCCUCAGUAUGCUGUGAUAAAUGCCAAAACAUCACAUAGCGACUGUAAGGACACUCAGUGGGGACCCAGAAAUUCAACCACACACAGGAGUACGCAAAGAAAAAAAACAAGUUUAAUUUAUUUUCAGAUACUAGUUGCUGCUCAGGAAGAGGUUGUCAAACACACACUAAGGAGAGAGGGGAGACGGCUGGUGAUGCACAGCUAAAGGAGGGGCAUCUUCGAAAUCCUCAACUUAUCUGACCUGUAGAGCAGUGGAUGGGUGGAGCAGGGGAACUGAGGGUUUGACGACAGGGAGAUGCAGGAAACCAGUUAGAACAGGCUUCUGUGGAAGCAAUGAAGAUCUCCACAAGGAGAUCCAAAACACAAUACCCAGGGACUUUGUUGAUAAUCAGGCAGAGGUAAUACACAGGAGGACAGAGAGAGCAAACUUAGCUUGAGAGGCAGGUAAUAUUCAGUGGUCGUGAGGCAGAGCUUGAGUCAGGGUCCAGAAAUCCAGAACAGAAGGGAUCCGUGAAGGGCUUGGCAGGAGGGGUAAAUCCGUGGACAGAAAGGGGUCGUAAAAACACUGAAGGCUUGGAAGGAAACGCUGGAUCUCUACUGGCUCGUGGCUGUCGCUAAUCUGGCAAGGAGGCAGCAACUGAGAGGUGUUUAAGUAGGGCGAGGCCCAGGUGGAACAGGUAAGCAAUCAGGUGUGGCAGGUGAGCUGAACAAGUGCUUAACACAGCAUAGGACAGGACAUGAAUCAUAACAAGCGGCUGAGUGCUCUAAUUACCCAGUGAACACAUACAGUAAGUCUGUUGUCAUUCUCAAAACAUAAAAAUCUUCAAUAAUAAUGGACAAAGGAAGUGCAAAGAACAGAUAGCUUCCCACUCCAUCUUCUGUCACACAAAAGUCCUAAAAGUGGUAAGAAUAUAAAAAAAACAUUAACUAUGAUAAUAAAAAUAUAGAGGGAUUAUUUAUUUGUAAACACAGCUUAUGAAUUUGUUAAAAUAAUGAAUUCUUUAUGAAGAUGCCAAGACAUGAAAAGCCAUGUAAAUCUACAUGGCUUUUCUCCCUUUAGUAAAAUAAAUUUCUGUUUAUUCAGCCUGGAAUAUUGUUGAGGUGGAUGGGCAGUUGUGCAUAUCAAAGGAGUUUAAAUGAUUGCACAGCGUAGACACGACAUCUAUAAGCCUUAUGAGACUUUCAUAAUUCAAUUCAAAGGAAAGGGGUCUUGGUUUGGUGUCUGUGAAUGAAUCUGGAGGAGUUUUAAAGUUACCUUUUUAUAAAGGCAUUUGAAAAGAUUUCUCAGAGAAUGAUUAAUCAGACAGACUGAAGCGCUAUGGCACACCACUAUCUCUUCAUUCACUUUGUUUCUGUGAUCUCACCAUUUUAACAUGUUGGUUUCAGCAUAUUUCUAGAAAAUGAUUCAGUCUAAAAUCUCUGUCCACAUAUCUGAGCAAGUUUGUCAAGAUGCCCUAAUCUUCUAACUUUUUAUGCUCUUGUGUUUUUUGAAGUUCCCUACAUUUCAUAUAUUUUCAUCUAUUUUUAUCUGUCUUGCCCUUUUGGUGUUCAUUUUAGAAUGUGCUGUCUGCUACAUGUUUAACCACUUACACAGUUUAAAAAGGUGAUAAAGCUGCAAAAACUGCAACAUUAUAUGUUGGAGGAUUGUGCAACAGUAAGUUUCAUUUGAGAAUGGAUAACUAAAUAUAUUACUUAGGGCAAUUAUUGACAAAUUUAGAAGUUUAAAACAAAAUGACGAAGUCAGGGUGUCACCAAAUUAUCAAGAAAGUGUUCUUGGCAGAGCUUCAAGGCAACAUGUGUAGGACUGUGGUUCCUACACAGUGGCUGGAGCAACCAUGCCUUUGACAGGCAGGCAGAAAUGCCUCCGUGUUGACAUGGUAAAAUCUAUCACGUUUCAAUAUUUACUUUAUGCUGCUUUGCUAAAUUUGUACCCUUCUUUUGUAUUACAACCUUCAUUUUAGUCCUGAAAAACACCUGAAACUGAAAAAUGCAGUGAUUGGAUGGUUUUACAGAAUAUUAUUGCUUAUUUGAAACAAAGAAUGUGAAAAUGGUGAAAAUAACUACAAAAUACCUAAAAAAAA